AUGACGGAAAAACGUAUAUUGGUUUUUGGAUCACCGAAUGCUGGAAAGACAAGUAUGUUGAAUGAAUUGAUUGGUAUUGAUUCUGCUGUUAAUUCCUCAGAAGACGGUUUGGUUUUUAAAAUAAAACAUUACCAAUCGGUUAUAAAAGAUCGUGUUAAAUAUUGUUUUGUUGAUAUUGAUGGACUUAGUAAAACUAAUCUAGACGAAUUAACAUUCGCAAAGGCAACUGAAAAUAUUAGUAAUCUGUUACAACAUUCAAAACAAGGCUUUAACUUGCUCGUAUUCGUUACGAGAGCCGGAACUAUUCAUCAAUCUGCGAAAGAUGAAUAUGUCAUGUUUGCUGAUCAAAUUACAAAGAAGAAGAUUCCUAUACUUUGUGUAGUGACAAACUGUGAAAACUAUGAACCACUGUCACAAUGGGUAACUGAGAAUGAAAAUACUUUUAAGGAAAAUCAAAUGACUUUCGAUAAAAUGGUUGGAACAUGUUUUAAAAAAGGUGGUCGUUUCGAAGAAAUGCUGAAAUUAUUACGAAAAGAAUCAGCUGAGACCGUAUGGAAUGCCAUCUUGGACAUAUCGACGGAGCAGCCAAUCGAUGUCGUUACUUCCAUUAAAAGUCCUACAAUGUUUGCUUCAGAUAUAUGGAACAACUUCUCUGCAUGGAUUGGUAAAAACAUAUGGUCGGACCCUAUACCAGACAGUAUUUCAUUGUCAAGUUCAAAGAAAAGUUACUGA